AUGGACCCUUCCAAGGCUGCGUCGAACAAUGUGACCGUCGAGUAUACGGACCCAUCCGGACUGUUCCCACUCGUCCAGCCCGUCAUCGAAGCAAAGCUCCCCCUGAAGAACCUCCACUGGAAAUCGCCCACCCGCCCCGUCCGCUCGAUCGAGUCCCUACGGAUUGGGUUCGUGCCCGCGCAGUCCGAAGCCAGCGAGCGCAAAUCCUCCAGCGAUGCCGCCCGCGCCCGUGCUAGUACCAGUGCCCUUCCCCAUCGGCGGCAUCAAAUCCCCGGCCUAAGACAGACGCCCUACCUGAAAGUGUACUUGCUGCGGUGCGACGACAACGAGUCGUACAAGGCAACAGCGCGGCGGACGCUUCGUGAAUGGAUCAAGACACACGCUUCUUCCUCGAGCAGCUCGCAGUCGACGACAACUAGCCAGGAAAAACAUGACGCUUGCGAAUGGUUAAUUCUGCACGUCGUGCCGGACAGUGAGCCCGUGGACAAGACGCCCGCCCAGACCAGUAAAUGGGGCCGUGGUACCACCACCGUUCUGGAGAAGAUCAAGGCCGACUUCAAUGGUUCGUCCAAGUCGGCUGUCGACCGGGUCGCGCAGCUAAGGCUUCCCAAGGAGGGGACCGCCAAGCCGCAUGAAUUGGCGGAGCAGCUGGAGGACUUGAUUGACAAGAUGAAGAAUGGGAUUCUUGCUUCCUUUGACUUGCGAGUUGCGCAAUAUGAGGAGGAUAUCAAGGAGAAGGACUCCCAGCGCAGUCUGCCCGGUUGGAACUUCUGUACGUUCUUCAUACUCAAGGAAGGCCUUGCCAGGGGGUUUGAGAACGUGGGUCUCUUCGAAGAUGCUCUAGUUGGAUACGACGAGCUAGCGGUCGGGCUCGAUUCGGCUGUCCGAGACCAGCUGCAAGGAAGUGGCGAUCAGCAUGGAGGUGCACUCUUAACGUCGAGCAAGAGCUGGACUGAGAACGCCAAAAAGGCGUUGGAAGCCGGCGUGCCCGCAGAACACGGCGACGCAGACGAGAAGCCUUCGUUCCCUGAGCUCCAGCCUGAAGACUUCCCGCUCGAUGCGGACAAAAUGCCGUACCGGGAAAUGAUCCUGGCGAGCGACAUCUCCAUAUUUGACUUCCGCACCUAUAUCUUCUCUCGGCAGCUCACUCUACUACUCCGAGCGGCACGAGCUCCUUCUCUAGGUAGCAGCGCUGGAGAUAAAUAUCCAACCAAACGUGACAAGCCCGAGGACCUCAGAGUGCUCGCCGAGGUCUGUGGAAGGUCUACGGAGUUUAUCAGUCUCGCUGCGCGAACGCUCCGGAGUGACCUCGAGUGCGGGCUUGCAGACAAUACGAACGAUGCGAAAACGGACAUCAUCAACAAUAUGGUGUCUGGCUGGACAUAUGCCGCAGCCUUCCAGAUCCUGAACCAAACGUUCUCCUCGACAUUGACGCUUCCCGAUUCCUCGACUGCUCUUGCACAGCCUAGUGAUGGGCCAAAUCCCCCCGUUACCAUGGCAGAUAGCCGUCCGGGUGUCCCCCGUCGAUCUAGUUCAUUGGUUUCUCCGACUGGUCCCCAACCCAGCCGUCCGGUGACCCAGGACAUGUCUUCCGAAGGUAGUGGCCUGCUGCAACGGCGCCAGACGAUGGAUCAUCUGAAGACAGCGUCGACUGCGCAGAAAACUGGGUCUGAAGAUCUGGCCUCUGGAAGGGGAGAUCUGCUCUUGCUGGCACGCCGAUCCCUGGAGGAAAUGGCUCGACGAAGAGGCUGGGCUGAGAAAUGGAACGAUCUCGGUCUUCUCUUCGAUGAUCGUCAUCGUACGGGAGCGGAUGACCUUGCUGAUGUCUCCCUGGGUGACAAUGAUACCCCACAGCAGCAAGAAAAGCCCGGGGCAAAGCAAGCCUCGCUCAUCGGUGUUGGACUACCUGCUCUACAGCUCGGUCUGAAGUCGAAGACGGCAUACCUGGCACUCUACGAGGAUCUGACUGAUCGCAUGAUUCGCCAUCAUCUGGCGGCGAAUCGUGCAUAUUCCGCUGAGAUGACUCUUUCCGAGAUUGCGGUUCUGCGGUUCCGACAGCAAGACUAUGAAACUGCCGCCUCGUAUUUCCAGCAGAUGGCACCAUUUUACGGUAGCAAGCACUGGGUUGUUCUCGAGGGCAGCAUGCUAGAGCUGCUUUCACGCUGUCUCAAGAAGCUCAAGCGGAAUGAGGAGUAUGUCCGAACGAUGCUGCGGCUGCUGGCCAGUUUCGCCGCGUAUCUACAGGCACAACUGACAGUUAAGCAAAAGGCUUUGGCUGCGUCGGCAUCGUUCGUGGAGCAAGAAUUAGUGGCUGGGUAUGUUUCCGGUCUGUUUGAUGCAUCGCAAUCUCUCCAGAAGGAAGUCUCGGCGUCCUUGACGGACUUCUUUGCCGACCUUCAUGUCAACCCGGCGAUCCGGCUCUUCGAUGAUAAGGAUGGGUUCCAGGUUCAGCUCUCAUUGCGGUUCCUGCUGGGCCAGCAAAUCGAUAUCGACUCCAUCAAGGUCCGCUUGGUCAGUGCCGGCACCGCUCAACAUGCGGAACAUUGGAUUGAGAGUUCGAAUAAGUCUGUCGUCAAGUCGACGACGACGAAGAUUUUGAUUGACUCUCUAACAACCCUUUAUGGAAAAUACUUUGUUGAUCGAAUGGAGAUGAGGGCUGGUAACAUCGUCUUCACCUUCAACUGUGGGCAUCAUUCGACACUUCCUAUUGGCUUCAGAGAAGCCAAGGUUGUGUCUCCACAUUUGAUUAAUCUGGAAACGAUGCGGACGCUGGAGCUGGAACUCAACAGUGGCCGGAACGACAUCAAGACGGGUACUAUCCGUGUACGGCCAGCAACCGCCGGCCUACGUCUGCGGAUUGCAGAGGCUGAGGUCGUCGGUGGCAAUCUCGACGUGGUGGCCAACCACGAGUCCGGGGUGAUUGAGUUUGCGCGAUUAGCACAGCGCUCGUUUGUGCGUGUUCGCAUCCCCUACACCGUGGAAGAAGCCUUCUCCACCCUAUCUGCACGAGCAGAGAUCGGGUACGAAACGGAUCAGGGCCGCUUUGCAUACUCGUCCGUGCACAGUGUGGUGGCCACCUUGCCCAUAUCGGUCAACGUGCAGGAUAUCUUCAAGGAUGAGCUGCUGUUCUCGCGAUUCACCGUCAGCCCCGCAGUGCUGAUCCCGCUUCGCAUCACGAACUGCAGUCUACCCGGCUCGCAUGCCUAUGACGUGCAGUCCGGCGUCGCCGGGCCCGUCGCCCUGGAUGUCUUCCCCAAGCAGCCCGCCUCGCUGCUCUACAAGAUUCAGCCCAAGCAGCCUUCAAGCGCGUCAGCUGGUGUCCCGCGCUCGUUGAAACUGAGCGUGGAUUUUACCUGCAUCGACGAUGAAUGCCUCGAUGCAGUCGAGAAGCGGUUCGCGGCCGCUAUUGGCGAUAGUCCCUUCCGCCAAUACACGACCUUGCUCACGUCGCACAUUGUCAGUCGCUUUCGUGCGCAGCUCUCCACCGCAGACAUGGAGGCCAUUGCUCUUGUGCGGGAGGUAGAGAUGCCCCCGUAUCAGGGCGUACGGUGGGAUGAGCUGUUGAGUGCACUCAAGGAGCGUGCCGAGGACAUGCGACAGUGGCUCCAGGCGUGGCACCAGAAUCCGGACAACACGAUCAUUCACCUCCCCCCCAACCCCGACAUCCCCACCCGCCGCAUCAUCAUCCCAGUCGAAGUACCCGAGAUCCAAGUCGUGCACACAGCCGAGCUCCGCCUCCCUGAAACCGACGGCUCAGGCCCAGGCGCUCACGCCGCCGUCGGCCAGAUGAUCUCCGCCGAACUAUGUCUACGAUACACGAGGCGGUGGUGCUCUCCCGCCGCACAAGAACACGCCGGCCAGCCGCUGGAGUGUUCGUACGAGCUGCACGCGAACCCCGAUCUCUGGCUUCUCGGUGGUCGCCGGCGGGCCAACUUCGUCGCUCGCGACGGCGAAACCACCCGGUUCCCUGUUCUGCUACUGCCCCAGAAGCCGGGCCAUUUGCUGCUGCCCGGUCUGGAGAUCCGCACUUUUGUCCCGUCGUCGACGACGCAGCCACCCACGACCUCCGAUCUGGGGGCGCCACAGCAGCGCCAUCCGAUUCCCUGUGAGGUCGACUACCGCAACCACGGCGAGACCGUGCUCGUGCUCCCGGACCUGCGGAAGACCACCGUCAGUCUGAGUGCGCAUGGUGGCGGGGCGUCGUGGCUAGUGGAAUCGGAGCGGCGGACUGAGGUGCAUUGA